AUGGGUAAAAACCAUAUAAAGUAUUAUUGUGAUUAUUACGAAUUAAAGGCAAAGGAAACAGGUGAAUGGAAUCCGCUGGAUUUGGUUUAUGAGAUAACGUUUGAUAAAUUGAAUAGGGGAAUACCUGGUGGCGAUAGACGGGCAAGUAAUAUAACCGUACUGGAGAAAAGGAGAAAUGAUGAUAUGAAUAGUAAUAGGGAUGAGGAUGCGAUGGAUAUCGACCUGGCGAAACAAAGAAAUGAAAAUGGUGUAGAGAAUGGUGAAGAGCAGCUGUUUUCUCUACCUCCGCCGCCUCAUCUUAAUGGAUUGCCAUUGCCGCCUCCUGCAGUGUUUAACAAUGUUCAAGAACACAGAAGAGCUAUUUUAAAAUGCACAAAACAUGAGGCUAUAUAA